GAGGAGCGCCGUCCGUAAGAGAAGGAUGAAUGGCCGCGCGGUCGGUUGCUCGGUCUGUCGGUCGGUCUACCGGUUGCGGCUCAAUGGCUUUCCGCUGUAUCAGAGCCAAAAAAUAACUGGAACGGGAGAGCGAGAGGGAGGGGGGAGAGGGAGGGAGGACGCCGAACAAGGGAGAGGAGACGCGGGCAGCAGCGCCCGGCUCCUCCGAAACUGGACACACGAGGCAGUGCCGCUGAGCGCGCCGGCUGCCAGUGACGAAGGUGUCCCGGCCAGGACAGCAGACACUACCCAGCCGCACGCCCGCUUUGACACUGCCACCGGGCCCACGUGCUAAUCGAGGUUCUCUCGAGAUACACCUCGGACUUCGCUCCUUCGAUCGAAAGACACUGCUGGGAGCAGCGGCCAGUCUAGCUCGCCCUUCGCCGAUCGUCGCUUGGUUCCCCGUGGGCGUGAAAUCCGUGUGAUUCCGACUCUCCCGCCCGUUUCCGAUUUCUUCACGGCGAGGAUUUUAGAAGUGGAGGCGGCAAGCGAACACCUGCGACGCGACUGCUAUUGCCCUGGACACACCGCGUGAUACAUCGUCAGUGGAGUCGACGUCUUGAUCCGAGCCAAACGGUUGGAGGAAAGGAGCGACCCAACAUCCGUCACCAGCAAAGGAAUAAGCUAGAGUGCCACAGCAGCAGAAGGGAGGAGGAGAGCCUCCGAUCAACAGCGACGUUUGGACCAGCUGCGAACCUGUCCGCGUCGUGGUUGGCAAACGCCACCGUGCAGACCGUCAUGAUCUUUCUCCGGUUGGGAUGCCUGCUGCUCCUCAUUGGCGCUGUGCUGGCAGGCGACGCAGAGCAGGGUGCGGCUGACCAACAGCAGCAGGUCGGCGUGCAGGAAGAGCUGAGUGAGCAGGCCUCCGAGAUGGAGACCAAGGACAACGGCGGAGGCGAGAACAAGGUGUUUCCUUCGCAGCACUACCAUGCACAGCAACAAGGAUACCCGAUCGACGCCAUUCCUAUCCCGGUACACCAAAUACCCAUACAAAGCGGCCACAUCAUCCUGCCGCAGCUGUUCAACAACGGACUUCAGCAGGGCGCCAUCCAUCUGCCACAGUGGGAGUCGAACAAACUCCAAAAGCCGCCUCAGCCAGUCUUUGAGCACCAACAUCAGUCAGCGCAGCAACAGCAUGAACCGCAGUAUCAGCAGCAACAGCAGCACGAGCAGCAGUACCAACAGCACCAACAGCAGCAGCAGCAGCAGCCACAGCAGGGGCACCACCAUCACCAUGCUUAUCCCGAUGUCCACCAUCAACCGACACAAGUUGUUCACCAUGGUGGUGGAGGUGGCGGUGGUGGUGGCGGCGGCGGUGCAUCUGAGGAGCAGCAUCACCAGUACAUAGAGAACCACAACGUGCAUCCGCAGCAGUCGACGGACUUGGCAACGCAGGCUCAAGGCCAGGAGCCGUGGCCACUGCCUCAACCCGAAAUGCCCAAGAUCGUCCACCUUGAUGUCAAAUGCGAGAAAAAUCUCAUGAAGGUAGUGGUCGAGUUCGACAAGCCCUUCCACGGCAUAAUCUUCAGCAAAGGCCACUACAGCUACGGUAGUUGUGUCCACUUGCCGGCGGGCUCAGGCCGCAAAAGCGUCUACUUCGAUGUAUCGAUCAACAGCUGUGGCACCAUUGGAAACACGCAGAAUGGCCUCUACGGUUAUGACGGUGGCAACUCUGGAACUGGCAGCUUCUUCGAGAACACCAUUAUCGUCCAGUACGAUCCACAGGUGCAGGAGGUGUGGGACCAAGCACGCAAGUUGAGGUGCACGUGGCACAACAACUACGAGAAGGCGGUUACUUUCAGGCCUUUCCCAGUCGACAUGCUCGACGUUGUGCGCGCCGACUUCGCAGGUGACAACGUAGGCUGCUGGAUGCAGAUACAAGCUGGCAAAGGGCCUUGGGCCAGCGAAGUAGCUGGCAUCGUCAAAAUCGGUCAGACUAUGACGAUGGUACUGGCCAUCAAGGACGACGAGAACAAAUUCGACAUGCUGGUACGCAACUGCAUUGCGCACGACGGGCAGCGGGCGCCCAUCGAGCUCGUUGACAGCCAAGGGUGCGUCGUGCGACCAAAACUAAUGAGCCGGUUCACAAAGAUAAGGAACUUCGGUUCCAGUGCGACAGUGCUGUCGUACGCACAUUUCCAGGCCUUUAAGUUUCCUGAUACAAUGGAAGUCCACUUCCAGUGCACCAUACAGAUCUGCCGGUAUCAAUGCCCGGAUCAGUGUUCGGCGCAGGCGACCGUCGACUCAUCGGCACCCGACAAGCAGGCGCUGUACUCUAACCAUGUUUCCCAGUCCGCUGGCCGGCCCAGGGAAGAGAGAGACGUUUCGUACCCCGAAGAAGAAGAGGAAAUGGCAGAAAUUGGCGUGAACAGAGUGAUUCGCGUUGUCUCAGCUGGUGACUUGGCAUUCAGCCUGGGUUCCAACGAUACCCACCCGGCUCCCUUAGUAAAAGAGGAGCAUGAAAGUUCCAUCAUAUGCAUGUCUGCGCCAGGAUUCGCGUCCGUCCUUGUAGUACUCCUGUCCCUCCUCGUGAUUGCCUGCUUGCUGUCCGCCUUCUUGUGGAUCAAGCAAAAGACGGCGAUGCGGCUUCCUAAAAGUCUUCCCUACGAUCUACCAGUGCUCAAAAAGGGAAAGCUCUAAUCUGGUUUGACUUAUAGGCUCCUGAACUAAUGACGAUGAACGAGAUUUUUUCUUUUUCCAGCAUCGCGAAAAAAUUUCACCAUUCGGCCUCUCCCCUCAAAACGGUGGAAUCGCGCAGCUUAAAAGCCCUUUCCCACCCGCAGCACGAUUCCACUUAAAUACUGCGAAGGGGCUGAAUGAUUAAAUUUUUGCAGGUGGCCUUACGACCCGCUGACACUGCGUAUUCGCACUCCUCAUUUUACCUUUCAUCACGCGAAUACUGCUGCUGGUCUCGGUGACUUAGCGAAUCCGCCUUGUCAGCGCGUCCGAUAACCGGGCCAAAAUGUGCCUACUUCUUUAAGCCAUAAACAUGUUUAACUUACAUUGAACAUUCAGGGAUCAUUCAUGUUCAUUUAACCACAUUUGAGUGUUAGCCCACAAAGACGCGUUUGUCUUCGUAGUUCUGCCUCACCAGUGUGUCUAGGAGAAACUGUAUGCUACCAUUACGAAACGACGUGGAAGUCGCUUAUCGGUACGUACAUUCACUUCGCUGACGUUUUCAUCACGCUCUGCACUUGUAGGAUUUACUCCUUAAUGGUAUUCACUCAGACACAGCGCGCGAGGAGGCCGACUCGCGUACAAUCUCCAUGACGGCAAGUCCGCAUGCAAGAUGGAUGCCUUAACAAGGCUGCUUUCGUCCGCUUAUACCAGAGUGCCAAAGGAAACGUGCAGGGACAGGCUAUGCGCUGUCCGCACUUACAUCAGUCGGACGCUUUGGAUCAAAGUAGCCCGUAACAGUGAUGUUUUUCUGUCUUCAGCCCGCUGCGCGUGAUCGCGCGCGAUAGUGGAGCGCACCGACCAGUAGCAAAAUUCCAACCCACGAGUCUGCCGCGGCCGGCCACAUAUUUGGUCGGGCGUGACAAAAUAAAUUUUGAACAGACUCACUUCACGUCCAUGCUGUUGUCACGUCACAUUAUUAACAUUUGCAGCAUUGACAGGUCGGGCUACAUAAAUGUGGCGUCAAAGGAUGCUCUUCCACCAGCCUCAAGCUAUGGCGAUGCACGGCUACAGACUCGCGAGCGAUGCUCAGACGAAGCUUUUUUAGGCGUCGCUCCCGGUAGCACAUCGCGAAACUCUACCGCAUAUUUCGUAAAAUCUACGACGAGAUUUUUUUUCUACGAUUUUACGAAUCUUGCGUGAAGUUUUACGAAACGCUCUUGAAAGGUGACAUGGUGCAAGAUUGAAAAAAGAAAUGUAUAAGUAAAUGCCUGCCGCCGCGUCGCUCGCUUUCGGCGGUUUCCUUAGUUCUGCAUAAAUUCCGUGGGGCGGCGCUUGUUGCCUUUUCAACUUAAAACCCCUUAAACUUCGUAAAGUACUGCCACGCUUUGAAGAAUGCCGCCUCCUCCUCGCGCGCUCUGGCCGAGGCCGACGCCGCGUCGCUAUUGGCCUAAUAGCAUCACGUGAGCCAUUUUGCUCGAGAAGCAUCUACGGAGUGGCGACGAGCACAUGUUGGCGCCGUUGCAACGCUCGAGCAGUGUAGGCGGCGCCACGGUCGAGGAGGGAGGGUGAAAGAGAUAAACGAGGAGGAUUGAAGGCGGAGGAGGAGAGUGUCACUACUUUACGAAGUUUAAGGGCCGAUUUACGCUCGAGCCGCCCAUCGCCGCAAGCCGCACCGCAAGCGUGCGGUCGCGCGAAAUAUUGCACGUAUCAAACACUAGUGCACAAAUUUCGGUUUACAAUGUGUAAGGUAUACACUGUGCACACAGUGUAAAUGGUAAUUUGUGCACAAGUGCUGGAUACGUGCAAUUCUUCGCGCGACCGCAAGCGUGCGGUGCGGCUUGCGGCGAUCGCACGCUUGCGGCGAUGGGCGGCUCGAGCGUAAAUCGACCCUAAGGGGCUUUAUUUCAACUUCCAGCGGCAGCGGCAGCCGAAUGCUUCUGCCGGCUCCAUGCCCUCCAGGCCUCUAAGGUAGCGCUCUCCAUAGGCUCUCUCCCCUCUUCUGCGUCGGCUCCCUCUACGCGGGGCCGAACUAGCAGACGUUCUCCGAAUCAAACGCUGUGGCUACGUGUCGCUCGCGCUUCUGAGGCCGUAUUUUGAUCGGAAUUUUUUUACGUUGUAUCGUGACUGGCUGCGGCAACAUCAAGAGAGGACGUCUGAAUGUUGACUUUCCUCCGCGCCUCGCUUCGCAGAUGGAAUCCAGAAGAGUCGCUUGCCGUCAGUUUCACGUGUGUGCAUCCCAAGGCACAGCAACACGGCUACGCGAACACGAAACUACGCUAGGAAAGCACAGAGGAGGCGCGAAACGUAGAGUCUGCGUGCGCCGCUCGCGAUGUUUGGCACCCCUAUGCCGGCGGAAGCGAGAACAAGCAAGAAAAAAGGUCGCGUGACGGCGUUCGGCCAAUGGGAGGGCCGAGCGUCGAGAGAACGCGCAGGGGAGGAGGACGGCGGCAAUCUUCAAAGGAUGGCGCUACUUCCGUUUUUUAUUGAGGGGUUUUACUGCCGGCGCAUCGAUAGUGCCGAUAUGCGGGAGUCUGCUAGCGAGCGUUCUGGUGGGCCUCCGAGACGGUAACAGUUGUCAUGGCAACCUCAGAGGCUGCAGCACGUGACCUAGGUUGCAGGCAUGCCCCAUAAACGGCGCUGGUUGCCUUUCGCGGAAUGAGAAAAGGGAGAGGGCACGGAACCGGGUUUAUAGCAUCACGCUGCAGGCAUCUGUCGUAAAGGAGGCAUAAAGGAGGUGAUGGCACUUGUGCUGCCCUCUUGUGGCAGCCCAAGAGGCCACCUAUUGCUACUUAUGCGCAGUGUCCGAAGGUAAUUCAGCAUUAAUAAAGUGCAUGUGUAUCUCAUCAAAGGCGUGCGCCAAGAGCAAACGCUUCAAGAAUGCUUACUAUGCACCCCCCCCCAUCCCUUUUUUCUUUCUUAUUGAGGCUGCAGGAAUUUUACGAAUUUUAAUGUUCACAGGUUGGCAGGUGUGCGAUAUUGAAAGUGAUAUGUGAAAAACAAUGUGAAAACUUAAUGGCCGUCUAGAUAAAUGACAGCACACCGCAAGCUUCUUGUUUUUUUACCAUGACGUCACUCUUCUUUCGUUUUCUUUACUGUGCACUAGGAAAUUGAACUCAUCAUGCAACAUAUUUUUAAGCACUACUCAAGAGUAUACGUGGGAUCGGUAUUAAAAUUAUUUUACCAGAACCAAUUUGGCAUGAAAUACACUGUACACUGCCAUUGUGCACUUAAUUAAGCAUUAACCACCCUCUCUUCUGCCCACCCCCCUCACUUUCUCCCACAAGAACAUGCAUGCCAUAGUUGACUCCGCUGACAUGGACAUUGCCUUCUCCAGGCAGCUGAGUAAACUAAAAAAAGCAGCUGCACCUUCUCUAAAUCCUGGCAGCAGCAACAAACUAAGGAAGGCAGUUGCAUUGAAACAGUUGAUGCUUUCGUGUACAACUGUUUCAAUAAGGGCAUACUUAAAAACACAAAACCCCAGUCACUUGCGUGAAAUGGCCGAUGUUGGAAUGUUCAUAGGCUGGAAUUAUUUGCACUUACAUUAAAUCCCUUUGCGGCACUUCAACUCGCCAUCUUUGACAAAUUCUGCCAAGAGUCUGAAUGCAGGGAUGUGUAUUAAGAGGUGGAUGUUAUCAAUCAGUGCAAUCCCUAUUGAAAGUUGCACAAGUA